AUGUCCGUGAUGAACGGCAAGCUCUACAUGCAGGAGGAGCCUUGGAACUGGCACCCAGCCUGGAGGUCCAAAGAAGGUGCCAGUGAACAGGUUUUUCAUGGUUUUUCUGUACCGAGAUGCAUCCAACACAAAAUGGGUCCUCGGCUUUGCUUUGGGCGAUGGCCACGAGCGCAUGGCCCGUACACAUCUUUAUCAUCACCUGCAGUGGGCCUUGUUUGGGAGGUUGACUGCUUCAGCCUCAGAGAGUUUGGUUUUGAUCAGAUCAUUUUGGCGUUUACAGUGACAUUGUAUAGUUGCAAUAGUUGCAUCAUCUAG